AGUAAGAUAUGUCUGCGGAUUACGCCCGCUUAAGCUCCGUUGUUUUGGAGCAAUGUUUUGGAAAAGUGGUGCAAUCAGUGGCGGAGUGCCUGUUUGCGGCUUCGACCCGCACUCUUUCACAAAUUGCCACUGCCACAAAUUUGACAAGAAAAGAGGCAGGACUGGCUCUUGCCGUGCUGAUUAAGUUUCGGCUUGUUAGUUUUAAGGCGUCGACUGGAAACCCAUUCCUGCCGGAAUAUUCCCUGAAGCGAGAAGACGUCAUAUGCCUACUUCGUUACUCUCGCUAUAUACAUCUUGUGCAAACAAAGUAUGGUAACGUAGGCGCCUCCAUUGCUGAGGAACUCUUGAAUGCUGGAUCAGAGACGGCAAACGGGCUGUUGCUCAAAUGCCUCGUAAAUGCAGAAAACAAGACCGAAAAUGCGGAGAGCUACCGGGACACAUUUCUACGAAUGAUUGGCGAUCACUAUAUAAUAAAGAUGCCAGAGCUUACAACGGGAGAUGAUCAGGAUGACUGUGUGCCGAAGUUUCUAACAAAUGAAUGUGAUUUCUUCGGACCGCCCAACAUUGAUCUCCAACUGCUGGCAAAGAUUAGAAAAGGAGAAGCCUCACUCGCAGAUGCCACAAAUAGCAUAGUUUGGGGUAUGAACUAUGACCGCUUUCACCAGGAGUUUCGUGAUACCGUCAUGGUUGACGCUAUUGAACGUAAAUUGGGCGAGAAUGCUGCCGAAUGCUUUCGUUAUAUACUAAAGUUAAUGUAUUGUAAUACCGAUCCGUGGCAGCGAAGGGUGUCCAACCAUAUAACAUUUGUGCAGCUUAAACAGGCCAUUGAAAAGCAGUCCAACAAUCUUGACCUUAUGAAGCACUUGGACCAAUACAUAACUCUGUUAGCGGAUGAUUCACUUGGUUUUUUGCGCAAAGUUGGCGACAUGGGCAGCGGUCAGUAUGUGGUCGAUUUGGAAAAGUCUUUUGAAUCGCUGGCAUUUGCUUGUGUUGAGGCAGUCAUUACCGAAAGAUUUGGAUCUAAAGCGGCCCGUAUUUUUCGAGUGAUACGCAUGAAAAAGUAUAUUGAGCAGGAGGAUUUGCAGAAGGAGGCCAUGAUACCUUCAAAAGAGGCCAAAUCUCUCGCAUACAAUCUGUUCCAAGAGCAGUUUAUUCACGUUAAAGUAAUUAAGAAGCCUGGGGGUGGUGGCACCGGCCCCGCAAAGUCUUUUUAUCUCUUCCAAAUCAAAUCAAAGGACACGGUGAGAAUGUUACUGGAUACCUGUUUUAAGGCGCUUUAUAACACCAUUGAGCGUUCCAACUUCGAGAAGAGCGAACACAAGGGUCUAAUCGAGAAAUCCCAAAGAUUGGACAGCAUAGUUGAGGCUAUGAAGGAACGCGGGGAAUCAGAGGACUAUAUAGCAGAGAUUGCAGAAACAUUUACCCCGCCUGAAGUUGAAAUUUUAAACAAGGUAAAGAAUCGCAUUAAGACUUUAUCGAAAGCCGAACUGACACUGGACGACACCAUAUUUUUACUGCAAAUGUACCAGCAUCACUGCACUACACUACCGACAGGCAUCACGAAAUUUAAGUGAUAAAAUUCCUCGAAAUAUAUUAUAAAAGCAGUAUAUAUUCCCCAUAA